UGUCACUUGAAUUUUAAGAUGCAAAGUAACCUUUUGCGCUCUAAUUCUACUCUGAUUUAAAUUAUUGACGCUUUAACAACCAAACAUUUAUUUAGCUGACCUUAAAGCUAGUCUAUAAAGGUAUAUUACGACGCAAUAUCAUGGAAGUGUCUUACCGUACUUUUCGGAUUUUUAGCCGGUUUAUUCGAAAUUCCGCUUCAGUUACAUCAUGUAGACAAAUUUCUGGUGUUACUGGAACAUCAUUAAAGGAGGAGGUCGACACUGCACUAGUGACCGCUUACAAUGCCGAUAUUGAAGCAGGAGGAGCGGUGCCCGUGUUCCGAAGAGCAUUGCUGUUCCCUUCACGUGUGGCGCUACAGGACGAGGUGGGGAUAUACACCUACGCCGGUCUGCAUCAGGCCGCCAGCCAGCUCAGCCAUGAAAUAUCUACGCAGCUGGCGGGCGAUGGCGAGAAGACUAUCUGCUACAUGUGCGGAAACAACGCCUCGCACGUCAUCGUGCAGUGGGCCAUCUGGAUGUCUGGCAACAUUGCGGUACCCCUAACCCCCCUCCACCCCCCGGAGAUGCUAAAGUACUUCCUACAAGACAGCACAGCCAGUCUCGUCAUAUGCACCAACGAGCAUGAGAGCAUCCUCCGCCCACUGGCUAAGGAUAUUAUGAAACCUCUGCUGGUCACUGGAAAGGACAAGGAGAUAACUGCACAGUUGUACCAACCCAACAAUUCGUUCACAACCAAGGAAGAGGUGACGGAUGUUGGGAGAUCCAACUUGUGGUAUGGAGAGAAGGACGCGCUACUUAUCUAUACUAGUGGGACCACAAGCAAGCCGAAAGGCGUCGUAUGGACGCAUUCUAUGCUCAGUGCUCAAAUAGCGGCUCUCCAUCAAGCUUGGCGGUAUUCCCGACAAGAUGUAGUUCUUCAUGCAUUGCCACUGCACCAUAUACAUGGACAGCUGAAUUCUAUGUUAUCCACUCUCGCUAUUGGCGGCAGAUUGCGGAUGCUGCCCUCUUUUGUAUCGCACACCGUAUGGGCGCGUCUACUCGGGAUGGGCGAACGGGAAGACGCUAAAGUGACCGUAUUCCACGGAGUGCCAGCAAUGUACGCGCGCCUUGCCGCCGACCACGAGAAGAUGUUCCAAACGCCCAAAACUGCGGAAUACGUCAAAUCCACGCUGCAGAAGAUGAGACUCAUGUGUGCCGGCUCCGCGCCGCUGCCUGAGUCUCUGUUCCAUAAAUGGGAACAGAUUUCCGGCCACCGUCUCCUCGAACGCUACGGCAUGUCCGAAGUGGGCAUGGCGCUCUCCAACGCGUACCGGCCGAUCUCGGCGCGUGCGGUCGGAUGCGUCGGCAUGCCACUGCCUGGCGUUUCUGCGCGGAUCGCUGCUAAUGUCGACGGGGAGUUGAAACCUGUUGUGACUGUCACAGCGCCACCUGUGGAUACCACGAUAUCUCUGGAACAAUGUACUCAGGCCUCUAAGGAUAACAAAGACACCUGGACGACAGCAGAAGUGACUAAGCAUAUGGACACUGAUUGUCAAGGAGAGCUGCUGCUUAAGGGUCCUGGAGUGUUUACAAGAUACUACAACCGCGAGCGCAAAUCGGACGAUUUCACCGACGACGGCUGGUUCCGUACAGGAGAUACGGCUUCCUUCACAGACUUGUUCAGGAUCCUCGGCAGAACCUCGGUGGAUAUCAUAAAAACUGGUGGAUACAAGGUGAGCGCUCUACAAGUGGAGUCAGCCAUACUAGAACACCCCCGCAUCGCAGAUGCGGCAGUACUCGGGAUCGAGGAUCAGAGCUACGGAGAAGUUGUCUCCGCGGUCGUUGUUCUAAAAGACCAGGCUACCAUGACUCUGAAGGAAUUGAAAGAAGAUGCCAGCAAGCGUCUCGCGCCGUACCAGAUGCCGAGAAAACUGCUGGUGGUGAAGGAAAUGCCAAGAAACGUGAUGGGGAAACUCGACAAGAAGAAAAUUAGGGAGCUAUAUGGACAAGAACUGAAGAUGUAAAUUAUUUAAGCGGCCAUUUUUUUUU